UCAUCACCACUGGCGAUUACGUUUAAAUCGCUCUAAAUGAAAACAUUCACGACGUGACACGCGCAAUGGACUCAGUAGGUGUUCUCGUAUGGCUCUCGAUUGUUGUCACUAUACUCUCAAAGUCACAUGCGGACCGCAAUGUGUACCCAUCAGCGGGGGUCUUGUUCGUUCAUGUCCUUGAAAGAGAAUACUUCAAGGGGGAGUUUCCUCCCUAUCCGAAGCCAGGUGAUGCCAGUAACGACCCAAUCACGUUUAACACCAAUCUGAUGGGCUACCCGGACAGACCGGGGUGGUUGCGCUACAUCCAGCGCACACCACAUAGCGACGGGGUGCUAUACGGGUCCCCGACGUCAGAACUGGUUGGGAAGCCCACUGUUAUUGAGAUUACAGCCUAUAACAGGCGCACAUUUGAAACUGCCAGACACAACCUCAUCAUUAACAUCAUGUCCACAGAAGACUUCCCCCUGCCGUAUCAAGCCGAGUUCUUCAUCAAGAACAUGAAUGUAGAGGAGAUGCUGGCCAGCGAGGUGCUGGGGGACUUCUUGGGUGCCGUGAAGAAUGUGUGGCAACCAGAGCGGCUGAAUGCCAUCAACAUAACGUCGGCACUGGACAGGGGCGGGCGUGUGCCCUUGCCCAUUAAUGAUCUGAAGGAAGGGGUGUAUGUUAUGGUGGGCGCUGAUGUGCCGUUCUCCUCCUGUCUGCGGGAGGUUGAAACGCCGCAGAACCAGCUGCGCUGCAGCCAGGAGAUGGAACCCGUCAUCAGCUGCGACAAGAAGUUCCGGGCGCAGUUCCACAUUGACUGGUGCAAGAUAUCCCUGGUGGACAUCACCAAAGUGGUUCCUGUGCACAGGGAGAAGGCAGAGCCCGGAACAGGCAUCUUGCCAGAUAUGGGGGAGUAUAAGCCCCCCUCAGAGACGCUGGAAAGUAGGGACUAUUUUGCUGACUUCCUGAUCACACUGGCUGUGCCUUCCGCAGUCGCCCUGGUCCUGUUGCUUAUCCUCGGCUAUUCCAUGUGCUGCCGUCGCGAAGGGGUGGAAAAAAGAAACAUGCAAACCCCAGACAUCCAGCUCGUCCACCACAGCUCCAUCCAGAAGUCCACCAAGGAGCUGCGCAGCAUGUCCAAGAACCGCGAGAUCUCCUGGCCCCUCUCCACGCUGCCCGUUUUCCACCAUGUCAGUGGGGAGGUGGUGCCCCCCAUACACCGAGACAACUACGAGACCACCAGCAUGCCCCUGAUGCAGACGCAAACAAAUCUACAAAGUCAGAUGCAGAUUCCCCGGCAGCAGCCAUCAGGAGAUAAUUAUUGUAUGUCAACAUUUCGAAGGCUGGAGGUAAAUGGUAUUCCUGAAGAAAGGAAGGUGGCAGAGGCGCUGAAUCUGUGAUUGAACGCCUUAAGUACAGCCUGCAGGGGUUACAUGGCAAAUUAAGGCUAAUGCUGUCCUUGCUAAUGUCCUUGUGCCAACACGCAACGUAACAUUGCAGUGGACAUGUUCCCUGUCAUGUAAAUAAUAUACAGUACAGACUAAUGAAUAAUGUACUGACUAAUGAAGGACUUUUUUUGGAAGAAUGGCUGUUUUAUAUUUUUGUGUAACAUUUACUCAGUGUUAAAGUAAACGUGAUGUGGAAUAGUCACUUUUUAAAGCCUUGAACAAAACACAUUUCCUCAACUGCUGGUUUAUGAAGUGGCGAAAUAAUGGAGAUUACUUAAGGUUACACAUUGUAUGUCGUACUCAUUCUUCAUUCUGUUGCACAGUGAAAUUAAAAUGUUUAAA